ACGUUAAACCUCAUCUCAGAAAGAACAACAAUGUCUAAAUUAUCGUAUAAUCUCAUCUUCUUCAUAGUUUUCUUGUGUUUGGGGUUGAGAUCAUCAGCGAUUACGAAUCUCAACACCUUAAGUUUCGAAGAAUCGCUUUCUCCUCUCUUUGGCGAUGGCAAUCUCGUCCGUUCACCUGAUGAUCUCUCCGUUCGCCUCCUCCUCGAUAAAUACACCGGUUCUGGUUUCAUAUCAUCGAAUAUGUAUCAACAUGGAUUUUACAGCUCUAUGAUCAAGCUUCCAGCCGAUUAUACUGCCGGCGUCGUCGUCGCCUUUUACACAUCAAACGGAGACGUGUUCGAGAAAACACAUGACGAACUAGACAUAGAGUUUCUAGGGAACAUUAAAGGGAAGCCAUGGAGGUUUCAGACAAACCUGUACGGAAAUGGAAGUACACAUAGAGGUCGUGAAGAAAGAUAUCGUCUAUGGUUCGAUCCUUCUAAAGAGUUUCAUCGUUACAGCAUCCUCUGGACUCCUCACAAGAUCAUAUUUUGGGUAGACGAUGUUCCAAUAAGAGAAGUGAUAAGAAGCGAAGCAAUGGGAGCAGAUUAUCCAGCGAAGCCAAUGUCUCUCUACGCCACCAUUUGGGACGCCUCUGACUGGGCUACUUCCGGCGGCAAAUACAAAGCUAAUUACAAAUAUGCCCCUUUCGUAGCGGAGUUUAAGUCCUUCUCCCUUGACGGCUGCUCCGUUGAUCCCAUCCAAGAAGUCCCCACCGAUUGCUCUGACUCCGUGGACUUCCUCGAAUCACAAGACUACUUCUCCAUCAACUCACGUCAACGCGCCUCCAUGAGAAGAUUCAGACAACGGUUCAUGUAUUAUUCCUAUUGUUAUGAUACGGUUCGGUAUCCGGAGGCGCCACCUGAGUGUGUGAUUGUUCCAGCAGAGAAGGAUAGAUUUAAGGAUACGGGGAGGUUGAAGUUUGGUGGUACAGAGGCGCGUGGACGACGUAGGAAUCACCGGCAGCAAAGGCCAGAAAUCGAAAGUGAUCCUGACGAAAGAAGACGACUUUUAAAAUAAGAUUUGUACCAUUUUUUUUAUUUGUUUGUGAGUAAAGAGAGAAUAAAUAAUAGUAAAGAUUUGAAGAAAAAGAGAAAGAAAUAGGGAAUACGUCAUUCAGAUCCAUAAUUUUAUGAGUUACAAAAUCGUAGUUACGUCAGCAAGCUUUGUUCUCUUUCAUUUUGUGACAAUCCAUCUCUAACUCUAGUUAGAGAGGUUGAAACUUAUAGACUUUUCUGCGUCUGU